AUGAAUUCACCACGAAGUACCCAAAAAUUAACUGAUACAGUUGACCCAAAGAAUGAAUUCCUUAGACAUGAAGAGAUUAAAACCUAUUUUAGUCAAAGGACCAAAUCACGUGACAUUAUAUUAGAAUACGCAGUAAAUUCUAUUCAAAGGACCAAUACAUGUGCUUUUUCAUUAGACUACGCGGAAACUUCGGAUUCUAAUCCAACUUCUAUAAUCGCGGAACCUGCUACUUCACAUGGAUUAGCCUCAGCUAUCAUUCAUGCUUAUACGCUUCACCAACAUCUUCGAAUAUCACCAGACGAUGUAUGGUUGACAAUUGCACAAGGUGUCAGUAAACACAUUUGCAAUAAUGCUGAACGUUUUCGUAACCUGUUUGUCGAACAUAAAGAACAGGAAGAAAUCUUUAUAGACGCUCGUGACAUUAUCGAUGUAAAUUUUAUGGGUGAUUGGCAGCAAGCGAUCUCUCGGCUUUCAGAUUCUUUAGAUAAACGAGUCAAAAAAGUUGGCUUAAAACAACUUCUCGAAUGUGAUUUUUCUACGUCAACUAAUGUAUCCGUCACGGUAAGCAAAAUUAUAUUAUUAGAUGCAAUGAAAAAGUAUUUUCGCUACAGGCUUGUUGGUGGUUGUGGUAUUCCAAAGAUUACCCUUAAUGGUACUUUGGAAGAUUGGUUACAUCUUCAAGAUAAAGUCGCAAAACUCCGUGAUUUAGGAUUAGAACUUGAUUUUUGGUUGGAUAGAUUACAACCAGUAGUCGCUCAAUUUGUUGCCACAUAUAAGGGAGAAGUUGAAGAAAACUUUUGGAGCGUGGCGAUUUAUCAGGUUCCUUAUGGUAGUUUCACAGAGGCUCGCUGGGAUGGAUGGAUAUCCGCUUUGUUUCCAUAUAAUGCUUCACGAUGUAAAUUAACGGAAAAUUUUAUUUUUCCUACGGAUUUACCUUCUGGAUUGUUGAACGUCCCAUUUAAUUUGGACAUGGUUAACAUGGGGAAGCGUUUCAGAUUUUGCAUCGCUGCGGGUUUUUUGGGUGCUAGACAGGAUAAGAUCGAUGAUGAAUAUGUUGUUUCUCCUGUUAUUGGUUGGUAUAUAGUUUGA